AUGGCGACCUUCAUCCCCGUUAAGCUUCCACAGCAGGUUGAAGACGAGGCAGACAACCAGAACUACAUCCUCUACUGGAACCAUGUCGGCUUGGAUCUCAACCGCGUUACACACACCUUCGAUGGCCCCCAGACUGGACCCCCAAUCUCCGCCAGAGCUCUAGGCAUGCUCCAGCUGGCCGUACACGACACCUACUUCGUCAUCAAGCCUUCUUCCGACUUCAAGACUUUCCUGUCCCUCGACGCUGAAGAUGAGAAGUACCGCCUGCCCGAUCCAGCUGGCGCAGACAAUGCUCAGCAGGCGGUAGCAGGAGCUGCUUUCACGAUGCUGUCCAUGCUGUACAUGAGGCCUGCUGUGACUCCUGUUCCCGCCUCCAUUGCCAACAGCACCUACGAUCAGCUUGAGUACAUCAUCCAGCAGUCGAUAACCAACGCACCAGGGGGCGUCGAUCCGGCUUCUCCUAGUUUCACCUUCGGUAAGGCAGUAGCCAUGAAGUUCUUCGACCUGCUUUUUCACCCAGAAGGUGCCAGUCAACAAGGCUACCACCCCACAGUCGGCCCUUACAAGUUCGACGAUGAGCCCACCCACCCUGUUGACCUCGUCCCCCAGGAUGCCAACGACCCCAAUGGUCCAAAGGUCCCCAGACGCCAGUACCACGGUCCCUUCUAUGGCACAAGGGCCAAGCGCUUCGCGACUCAGAGCGAGCAUAUUCUUGCCGACCCACCAGCCAUCCGCUCCAUGUCUGACGAGCAAGCGGAAUACGACGAUGCCCUCCGCGAAGUCUACACCAUGGGCGGAGCACCUGCCCUCAACUCCACCAAGCGCACUCCUCACCAGACCGUCCAGGGAAUGACGUGGGCCUAUGACGGCUCAAAGUUGAUCGGCACCCCGCCCAGACUGUACAACCAGAUCGUCCGCAAGAUUGCAGUUCGAUACAAGAAGGACCCCGCGUCCCUGACUAGCGAAGCCAAUAACGCUGACUUUGCACGUCUCCUCGCGCUUGUCAACGUAGCCCUGGCCGACGCAGGCGUCUUCUCCUGGAAGGAGAAGUGGGAAUUUGAGUUCUGGCGCCCGCUCUCCGGUGUCCGCGACGACAUUCUUCGUGACCCUACGCGUGUAGACCGUGGCGACCCAUUCUGGCUUACCCUCGGCGCCCCAGCUACAAACUCAGACGCCCUUCCCUUCAAGCCGCCCUUCCCCGCCUACCCCUCUGGCCACGCCACAUUCGGCGGUGCAGCCUUCCAGAUGGUGCGCAGAUACUACAACGGCCGCAUCGGAAGCUGGCAGGACGACGCGCCGGACAACAUCGCCAUCGACUUUGUAUCCGACGAACUCAACGGCAUCAGCCGCGAUCUCCGCCAACCCUACAUGCUCGAACGCGAGAUCACCGACCAACCCGGUACCGUGCGCACGCGUGUCCCGCGCCAGUUCACUUCGUGCUGGGAGAUGAUGUUUGAAAACGCCAUCUCACGCAUCUUCCUCGGUGUGCACUGGCGCUUCGACGCCGCGGCCGCAAAGGACAUCUUGGUGCCUACCACGAAGAAAGAUAUCUACGCCGUCGAUGACGCAGGCGCUGCUCUGUUCAAGAACCCAGAGGAUAUUAGGUACAAGACUCGGGGUACGAGGCAGGGUAUCGAGGGCGACUACCCCAUUGGUGGUGUGCCUCUGGGGAUGGAGAUUGCGAAUGAGAUUUUCGCCAACGGACUCAAGCCUACGCCGCCCAACUUGCAGCCUAUGGUGCCGCAGAUGCCGCAGCCGCCGCAGGAUCAGAAUCCGGUGCCGGAGGAACCGCCCAGGAAGAGGAAGGGGUUGGCGGAGGCAAAGAAUGAGGAUCAGGUUCCUAUGAUGGAUGUGGAGCCCUAG